UCAAAAGCAUACUUAUCUUUAUUUAAUUAAAUAAAAUAACCAAGUGGAGCACUGAAGCUCAGUCGUCUCUCAAAACAGAUCCACAUUAUUAUAACAAUAUGGCAAACAAGAACUUCAGGCUGUUUCUUUUAUUUUCCUUUCUAUAUGUAUUACAUGCAUUAUGAAAUUUUCUGUGACCAAGAGCAAUUAUACUUUGUAUGCAACUCAAGCUCUAAGAUAGAAGUAUUCUUCGGAUGUCAAGUUGCUCUAAGAGAGAAGUUUUCUUAUUUCAAGUCGCGCACGAUGUUACCAGACACAAAUAGUAUAUGCUUAAUCAGGACAAUUUCUACACAAUGGGCGUUUUCUGGCUGAGGACAUUGAUUUUAUCAAUGCAAGUAAUAGAUUAGUCAAUGCAGAACUUGGUAAUUGAACUAUGAGGAUUGUAAAAAUGAGUCUUUCAGUUCCAUGGUUUCUCCUCUUCCUCUUGCUGGUCUCAAUGAAAGCCAUAGCACUAGCCCCUCUUGCCAGCAACAACACAGCCAUAAUACCUAAAAACAUGCUCACAGCAAGAAACACCACCAAACAAGGCUGUCAGAGGGAGUGUGGCAAUCUAACCAUCCCAUACCCCUUUGGCAUUGGUGCAGAAUGUGCACUUGAUGCCUGGUUCAUAAUCAAAUGUGACAACACCUACAACCCACCGAAAUCCUUCCUUGAGACACCCCCUGAUUUAAAAGAUAGGGAAAUCGUGGAAAUAACAGAGACCGAAGUAGUGAUUCGGAAUAAGAUAGCAUCCAAGUGCUACAGGUCCCAGGUGAAUGAGAUCCCAGAGAGGUUUGGGGACUUAAAUAUAGUAGGUUCUCCCUUUACUAUAUCACACACAGCAAACAAGCUCACAGUCAUUGGUUGUAAUGAUUAUGCAAUGAUUGGUGUUUAUAGAGGGAAUCAGUCUCAUGAGACUCCCUUUUAUUAUGGGGCUGGUUGCAUGGCAAUGUGCGCUGAGCCAGAUAAAACAAAUGAGGUGAUCCCAGGGUCUUGUUCAGGUUUAGGUUGUUGCCAGACAUCCAUCCCAGUUGGCUUGCAAAAGUUCAAAAUUGAUCUUUACAGGUUCUUUGAGAAUCCCCAUAAUAAAACAAUUAGUGAACUUCAGCCAUGUACCUACGCUUUCUUUGCUAGAGAGGGUAACUUCAGUUUUGGCGGAGCUUCAGAUUUGACACCAAAUGGCACUGUAUUCAAGAGAACCAUGCAGGGAGUCCCUUUAGUGCUUAAUUGGGCUUUUGAACGUAGUGCUUCCUGCAAAGAGGCGAAAAAGAACACUACUGCGUAUGUUUGUCAGUCAAAUAGUGAGUGUGUUGAAUCAGAUGGGGGAAAGUAUCACUGCAGUUGUCGUUCUGGAUACGAGGGCAACCCUUACCUCGAACCAGGUUGCACAGAUAUUAAUGAGUGUGCUGCUGGUUCAAAUAGCCCAUGUAGCAUGGAUUGUAUAAAUACUCAAGGGAGUUACAAUUGUUCUUGCCCAAAUGGAUAUUCUGGUGACGGAUUCAAGUCUAGAGCUGGCUGUGUAAAGAUUUCAGAAAACAGCUUCAAAGAUGUCAUUAUUGGACUGGGCACAUCCCUGGGAACAAUAAUUCUGCUUCUAGCUGGGUGGUUUUUGUAUGCAGUUACGAAACAAAGAAAACAAAUUCUGCAAAAAAGAAAAAAUUUAGAGCGUAACAGUGGCAUGUUGUUACAGCAACAAAUUUCUUGUAGUGAAAGUGUUAUAGCAGGGAUGAAAAUCUUUACCGCUGAUGAGUUAUACAGAGCUACUGAUGGCUUUAACAAGGACAGGAUACAUGGAAAAGGUGGCCAUGGCACUGUGUAUAAAGGAAUGUUGAGUGAAGGAAAACUUGUUGCCAUAAAGAGGACAAACAUAGUGAAUGAACUAGAGUUACAACAAUUCAUCAAUGAAAUGGUAAUUCUAUCACGGAUUAACCACAGGAAUAUAGUUCAGCUAUUAGGAUGUUGUUUGGAGACAGAAGUCCCACUCCUAGUUUAUGAGUUUAUUCAAAAUGGAAAUCUCUUCCAUCAUAUUCAUAAUCCAAAUGAAGACUUUCCAAUCACUUGGAAAAUGCGCCUGCAAAUUGCUUCUGAUUCAGCCGGAGCACUAUCUUAUUUGCAUUCAUCAUCUUCUAAUCCUAUUUUUCACAGAGACAUCAAAUCGUCCAACAUAUUGUUGGAUGACAAAUACAGGGCAAAAAUAUCAGAUUUUGGGACUUCAAUAUUAGUCGCUAUUGAUCAAACCCAUGCAACUACUCGUCUUAUGGGAACCUUUGGUUAUUUGGAUCCAGGAUACUUUCACUUAGGCCAAUAUACAGAUAAAAGUGAUGUUUAUAGUUUUGGAGUGGUUCUUAUUGAGCUUCUAACUGCACAAAAGCCUCUACGCACAACUAAUGAAGAAGACAGAAGUUUAAUUUCAUGGUUCCAUUCCCACAUGAAAAAUUCUCAAUUGCUGGACAUUAUAGAUCCUCAAAUCCUAGAAGAGGGUUCAAAGGAAGAGUUCCUGGCUAUUGCCAAUCUCGCAAUGAGGUGUUUAAACUUGGAAGGAAAGAAAAGACCCGCCAUGAACGAAGUUCAACAAGAAAUAGAAGCGGUCAGAUCACACCAUUUGCCCCAAAUAAUUACUCCAAAAUGGCCAAAGUCCCAAGAAGUGUGGACUGAAAUAGUAAAAUAUGGUCCUUCCCCAGAAAAUAGUUCUUCCAGUCCUAGUGAAUUGUCUCGGUCAUUCAGUCCCAGAUGACACUGAUAUCUUUGACAUUUGCUACUUACGCUUUCGAUUCAAGUUUAAUGAUAGUCUUAUCAUUAAUCAUUCCUUCUUUGAAGUACAUGUACUCGAUACAGAUCAUAUAUGUCUUGCAUUCCUAUAUUGUUCCUCAA